AACGAAAUUCCAACGAGUCUCAAACAGUUCGCAACGAGCGCGCAAACAGAACGGAACAUCGACAACCUCUCUAAAAAAAAAAGAGGCAUUAAUAUUAUCAUAAAAUCAAUCCAGUGAAUUCCAAAUAAAGCAAACAAAAAACAAUGGCCGCCGUUAAGGACAGUCUAUUGGCCCAAGUGGCUGAGGUGUUGCCCAGCUCGGGUCACAAGGUCACCGUUGUGGGCAUCGGCAUGGUGGGCAUGGCCAGCGCCUUCAGCAUUCUCGCCCAGGGCGUCUCCAAGGAGGUCUGCCUCAUCGAUGUCUGUGCGGACAAGUUGCAGGGUGAACUUAUGGAUCUGCAACAUGGCUCCAACUUCCUCAAGAAUCCACAAAUCACAGCCAGCACCGAUUUCGCCAUUUCGGCCAAUUCACGGCUGUGCAUUGUCACCGCUGGUGUUCGGCAAAAGGAGGGAGAAUCUCGUCUUUCUCUCGUGCAACGCAACACGGAUAUUCUCAAGAACAUUAUCCCCAAACUGGUGGAAUACAGUCCCGAUACCAUUUUGCUGAUGGUUUCUAACCCCGUUGAUAUUAUGACCUAUGUGGCCUGGAAGCUAUCCGGUCUGCCCAAGAAUCGUGUCAUUGGCAGCGGCACCAAUUUGGAUUCCUCCCGCUUCCGCUUCCUGAUGUCCCAGCGUCUGGGCGUGGCACCCACCUCCUGCCACGGCUGGAUCAUUGGCGAGCACGGCGACAGCUCCGUUCCCGUGUGGUCCGGAGUCAACAUUGCCGGCGUGCGUCUGCGUGAAUUGAACCCAACUCUGGGCACCGGCGAGGAUCCAGAGAAGUGGAAUGAGCUGCACAAACAGGUCGUCGAUUCGGCCUAUGAGGUCAUCAAGCUAAAGGGUUACACCUCCUGGGCCAUUGGUCUCAGCACCGCAUCCCUGGCCUCCGCCAUUUUGAGGAACACGAGCAGCGUCGCCGCCGUCUCCACCUCCGUGCUGGGCGAACAUGGCAUUGAUAAGGACGUCUUCCUGUCGCUGCCUUGUGUAUUGAAUGCCAACGGUGUCACCUCCAUUGUGAAGCAGAUUCUCACCGAAACUGAGGUCAAACAGCUUCAGAAAUCUGCCAACAUUAUGGCCGAUGUUCAGGCUGGUCUAAAUUUCUAAUUUUAGUCAUGGGAAAGUUUGAGAACCAGUGAAGCCGUCGCAUAGCAGAAACAAAGUAUUCUUUGACACAACCAAUGUUUAUUUUUAGUACAUUUCUCAAUAGAACACACUAUUAUUUAUUCUUUAA